AUGCCACAACGUGGUAGAGGAUCUCGUAGAACACAGGCGAGGCGCACGGCUACAACGUACCUCAGCGUUGGUCUCGGCGUCUCCCUCCUCCUUCUCAUUCUUAGCCUAGCGCUCUCAAAGUGGAGUUGUGGCACUAUUUUGCACUCCUGCCUCAACGGGACAUUUACGGAGCCCUAUCAGGAUAUAGGCAGCCUCCUCGUUGGUGCCAUCGUGGUAAACUUCAUCGCCCUAUCAGUUGCCUUUAUCGGAUGCGCAAAGUGGUGGGCCAUGCCGCUUGCCCUAAUACUGACUUGGAUUGAUGGCACCCUAGCUGUCGUGGCAAUCGCCUUUUACUUCACCAAGUUGGAUACAGCCUAUUGUCCCCUGUUGGCUAUCAGUGGAAGUAUCUUCGCCGUGACCAUGUCAAUCAAAGGCACACUUGGCCUUGUGUUUGGUCUCUGCCUCUCCUUCCUCGGCCUCAUCCCAAGCGUAGUGCUCUCAAAUUGGAGCUGUGGCACUCUCCUAAACUGCUGUGUGAAUGGAACGCUUACGGAGUCCUAUAAGCCUGUGGGAGGCCUCCUUUUUGGUGCCAUCUUGGUAAACUGCGUCGCUCUGCCAGUUGCCAUUGCCGGAUGCGUAAGGCCGGGGGCCAAGGCAGUCGCCCUGGUGUUGACCUGGCUUGGUGGCAUCCUCGGUUUAGCUGCAAUUGCCUAUUACUUCGCCAUAUUGGAUUCAAACUACUCACCACUCCUGGCUGUCAUUGGAAUGACAGUGACGUUGGCCAUGGCAUUCGUUACAACUAUUACAAUAAUACAGGAAAGAAUAGCUUAA